GUGUUCUCUUAUGUUUACACCUGACACAGCAAGACAGCAGCCAUUCCUGAACUAAACUGACAGAGAUGGCGUAUUCCACCAAUACUCUUGCUGCUGGCUGCUUUGGGAAGAUAUACAGGGAGAAGUACAAUGACACCUGGGCUGCAAUCAAGAAGGUGCCACAACACUUAAUCAAUAGGAGAGACCUGGAGAGAGAGUGUCAAGUAUACAAUAAGGCAAUUCACCCUAACAUAGUGAAGCUUCUGGGUAAUCCAACACUCAAGGACUCUAAGUGGAUCAUCCCCAUGGAGUUCAUCUUUGGAGAGGAACUGGAGACAACCAUCUUCAAAUCACAAAAAUCUAAAAUACAGUUGACUCCAUCUAUAAAGGCCACCAUCAUCACAGGCAUGUGUGAAGGACUACUUCACCUACACAGCAAAGAUAUCGUCCAUCAGGACCUCAAGCCUGACAACAUCAUGGUAGAGCAUGACACUCACCGAGCUGUGAUCAUUGAUAUGGGACUGGCCAAAUUCUUCCGCAAUGGCCUAAAUUCUGCCAUGGAUAUGGGCAACGAGGCCUACUCUCCCCCUGAGGUCCUGCAGAGGAGGGGCCAGCGAGAUCAGCGCUCAGACGUGUGGGCUAUGGGUAAAAUCAUUGCUGAACUUUAUGCCAGAGUCAGGCUGCACACCCCCAGCGUCUGUCCGACUAAGAUCCAUGAGACCCUCAGACUCCAAGGCCAGCAGUACUGUAAUGCUGUCUGUAGGAUGGUGCAGAGCGACCCCACAGUGCGAGCCACCAUGGCCGGGAUCAUGCCGGAGAUACUAAGGGCAGGUGGAGGUGGCAACACCGGGGAGAAACAAAGAAGACAUCUUCUGACACCCUUUCCUCACACUGAGGUAAAAGACACCUUGCCACGUCCUCAAGCUCCUGUACAGCACUCACUUUCUCCAUCGAGAUUUGAGCGUGCAGCUUUUUCAAAGCCUGAGGUCAAGACAACACUAAGUCCUCAAACUCCUGUACAGCGUUCACCGUCUCCAUCGAGAUUUGGGCGCAAUGCUUUACCAAGGCCUGAGGCCAAGACGCUAGUGGGAUCUCCUGUUCGAGCGCCUUCUCCAUCGAGAUGGGAGCGUGCAGCCUUGCCAAAGACUGAGGUCAAGACUGUGGUCAAGACGACACUGCAACCACAACCUGUACAACGGUCACCUUCCCCAUCAAGAUGGGAGCGGGCAGCCUCUCCAAAGCCUGAAGUCAAGACGCUAGUGCGAGCUCCUGUUCGAGCGCCUUCUCCAUCGAGAUGGGAGCGUGCAGCCUUGCCAAAGAUUGAGGUCAAGACUGAGGUCAAGACGACACUGCAACCACAACCUGUACAACAGUCACCUUCCCCAUCAAGAUGGGAGCGGGCAGCCUCUCCAAAGCCUGAAGUCAAAAACUCACCGUCUCCCCAUCCAAAGGUAGACCAGGGUAAUGCACUGGUUCCAUCAGGCAUAGCUCAACCCAAUCAAGAUGUCAUGAAACAGCUUCUCUACAAAGAGGCGUCGAAGGGUCUCCCAUGCCCACUCCCCACAACGGGCAAGGUGCGAAUCCGCCGCUAUGAGCAAAGGAAUGGGGAAGUGGAGACUUGGGAGCAAAAGGAGGUGGAGACUGAAGGAGGAAGGAUAGUCAAGUUUGAGGAUGUGUUGUUUAACAACAAGUCGUAAGAAGGUUAUUGAGAGGUUGUGAAAUAGUUGAGAGUUGAUUUGACUCUGCUUCUCCAGAGGGUGGGUCACUCCCCUUCCAUCCUUCAUUGUAAAAGUCUGACAUGUUUAUGGAGAGGGGGAAGAGUAUAUUUGGGAAGGGGGAUAAACUAAUGGAAUAAUUCUAAUGUCCAGUGAAACUAUACUAUGAUGAAAUAAAUAAAGUGACACAAUAUUUACUACGGUAGACAAAAUGUAUAUACUGCAUAUACAGUGGG